AUGGAGGCCGCAGAAAUGAGAAUGUUCGAUGGCUGUGGUAGGACUCUGUGGGACAUGACACCUAACUCUGUUAUUAGGAUGUACUUGAGGGUGGUGCCUUUGGAACGAAAGCGAGCACUCGGAUUGCCACUAGAAAACCAAGCUGUGAAACUAACUCGACCUAUUGCACAAGAAGAAGAAAAGGAUGGCAAUGACAGAGUUAAAAGGGCAUUCCAAACGCUGUUGAUUUAUGUCAGAAACGUCGUAAAGAGUCCUGAUGAGGAAAAGUUCAGGAAGAUCCGACUUGGUAACCCGAAGUUCCAGGAAAGGGUUGGGAUCUUGAAGGAGGGAUUGAGUUUCUCGAGCUUUGCGGAUUCGAGAGAAGUGAAGGGAACAAGUUCCUGGUUUUUCUCUGAUAAAGUUGAUAUACGGCUGCUUAACUAUGCUGGUUCUUUGUUAAAUUCUGCAAUGACAAAUCCCUUCUUCGGUCUUCUUGAAAAGGUGAAAGAAGAUUAG